UGAACCUGUUAGUGUCAUAGGGGUUUAGCGCAAGCAUACAUAUACGAAAGUGAUUACAAGCACAGCAUAAAAAAUGAUAUGGUCACCGGGUCGUUGCUGCCAAAACUGGAAUUUGGUGCAUUAAGAUUUCAGAGCACCGGUAUGAGGUCAGAUGGAACGAGUAUUUUGCAGAAUCGCUAACUUCAAGUUGAUUAAAUGUAAAACUAGUUUUUAGUGCCACCGUGUCAUAGUUUGGAAAUGCGUGGCCUUUGCAAGGGCUGAUAAGAAAUCCUGCUGCAUGAUUUAAAUUGAAACUGAUCGACAAUACAAACAGAAAGUAUGGUUAUAGCUAACAUACAACAGCCGGCAAGAUGUCACUCAGCACUAGUGCAAACCUUGUGAAAUACCUGCUAUUUCUAUUCAACUUUCUUUUCGUGAUUACUGGUAUCAUCAUUAUGGCCAUCGGCCUCACGGUACAAGGAGCAUAUCACAACUUCCGAGAAAUUUUGGAUCCGCAGUUCUUCAGUGUUCCAACAUUCCUGGUCGUUAUCGGCAGCUUCAUCUUCAUCAUAGCAUUCUUCGGAUGUUGCGGAGCCUACAAAGAGAACUACUGCAUGACGUUAACCUUCUCCAUCUUAUUGGUGUUUAUCUUCAUUUUGGAACUGGCCGCUGGUAUAAGUGGUUACGUACUGAGGAAUGACACCUACAGGUUAGUUACCAGCACGUUGCAAAGUUCUAUGACCAAGUACGGAGGCAAUACGAGCAAUGAGAUCACCUUCCUCUGGGAUGAAAUUCAAGUUGAUUUCGACUGCUGCGGAGUUAACAGUUCUAACGACUGGGGUGAAACCAACAAGCAAUUGUUCAACGAAACAUUCUUGCCGAUGACUUGUUGUCGAACCACUACAGGUGCAAUUGGAACAGUUAUGUGUAAGGACCCAGAGCAUCCGGAAACAUUGCGUAAGACUGGCUGCGUGACAUCGUUUGGAAACUUUAUCAAGGCACAUGCCGUUAGCUUGGGGGCGGCAGGAAUUACGAUUGCGGUUAUACAGUUCUUUGGUGUAUUGUUUGCGUGCUACCUAUCCAAACAAAUUAAGCAACAGCAAGGCCAUAGUGGAUUUUAAGACAGCGCUAGUGGACGGACUGUGUGAAUAAGAGUGAGCAGUUAUAGUGCCACAAUGUGAAACAAUAAAAUGUGAUCCUACUGAAACUGAAUAAAGUGUAUUUAUGAAUAAAGCUUAUUAUGACACCUGCUUACAUAA